UGUUGUCGCUGCGGUUGGCGCGUCGCUAAAAACAAUUCUCUUGCACACUGUGCAUCGUGUUCUCCCUGCUGCUGUUGUUGUUGUUGCUGUUAUUUUUGUUGUUGUGCAUUUUGGUAACUGUUCAAAACAAAUUAGCUGGAUCCUGCGCGCGUGUGUCUGUGUGUGUGUCCGUGUGUGUCCGUGUGUGUCUGUGUGCAAUCAGCCUAUGCGGCAUCGCGGCAAACGUCAGCAGCAUGACCUAAUUUUCAAAGGCGUCCGCCUCAGCCUUUAGCCAGGACAACAACCCACAAAAGGAAAUAAAUCACAAGAAAAAAGAGUCCAAAAUAUAUUGAUAUAAGUUCAUAUAUACUAUAUACUAUAUAGGGUAGACAACAUACAUAGAACUGGCCACUUGGCGCUUGACUGGCUUCCACCCUGCGCGCUAUUUGGCUGCCCGUUUUUAAUUAGACGUCGCCCCUCGCCUCGCCUCGCCUCGCCUCGCACCGCCUCGCCUCGCACCGCACCGCCACGCACCUGGAAGAUGGAGCUGGUCUGCUAUGUGGCGCUCGGCUGCCUGCUGGCGCUGGUCCUGCUCUACGGCCUGCUGGAGCUGCACUAUUUCCUGCGCAUGUGCCUCUGCGUGCUGCUGGCGCGCUUCGUCAAGCGACGCUGCCACAUCCUGGAGACGACCACCGUGAACGGUCUCUGUCUGAGCAACGACGUGGACACCCUGCUCUACCAUAUGAACAAUGCGCGCUAUUUCCGGGAGCUGGACUUUGCCCGCGUCGACUUCUAUGAGCGCACCAAGCUGUAUCGCACCAUAACCAAACUGGGCGGAUCGGUGUUUCAGGGCGCGGCCACCAUACGGUAUCGUCGCUUCAUACGACCCUUUCAUCGCUUCAAGAUCAUCUCCAGGAUCAUCUACUGGGACGAGCAGUCGCUGUUCAUGGAGCAUCGCUUUGUGCGUCCCUCGGAUCAGUUUAUCCACUGCAUUGUCAUUUGCCGGCAGCGGGUCAUCGACGUCUCCAUGGACAGCGUGAUGGCCGAGCUGCUGCCCAAGACGGCGGCGACGCCGCUGCAGGCGUCGCGGCACACGCUCAGCUCCACGGCCAGCCUGCAGCCGGUGGGCAUGGCCCAGGCGUUGCAGGUGCCGCAGACCACGCUCGAGGCAGCGCAGGCCGAGAACGGACGUGUCGCAACCACAGUCGCAACAUCGACGACGUCAACGGCGGCAGCGACGGCGACGGCGGCGGCGGCGGCAUACAGUGUCAAGCUGAAGCCGCCGCUGCCGCCGGAGCUGUGCAAGUGGAUCGAGUACAACGACAUGUCCAGCAAGAAUCUGCGUAGCGGCUGCUGACCGAGUGCAUCCCAUCCCGCAAAUCAACUCAACUCAACUCAUUUGCCAUGGACUCUGCGGUACUCGAGCACGGCAUUCCGUUUCCGCUUGAACAUUUCUUAACUUCUUCUACUUUUUUUUUUUUUUUUUUAAUAAUUUUUCUAUGUGCGUGCAAAUGUUGACGAGCGUGCUUCAACCUUAGCCUUAAGUCGGUCUGAAUCUGAAUCUGAAUCUGAAUUUGAGUCGGUCUGGCCUAGCCCUAAGUGCACCGUAGCCGAAUCAAUGUAAUCUCAGCAUCCAACUACGACUAGAAUCCACAGCUAAUCACCCACAAUUACUUAAUGUCUCUCUCUCUCUCUCUCUCUCUCUCUCUCUCUGUGUGUGUGUGUGUGUGCCUGUGUGCGUGUGUGUGUGUGCGCUAGUCUAGUAAAUAUGUGCUUAGAUCUACCAACUUGUAAAAUUGAGCGUUUCUCUCGGUUUCAAUUUGGGGUCUCAACACAAUUCACAUGCGCCUGAGCAGGGACUUGACUUGAAUGCUGUGCUGGGCAGUGUUGGUAAACGCAAGAUUAGCAAUUAUGUGCACGGAUGGACUUUAACAAUUGUUAUUCAUGCGCGCCCGAGCAGGGACUUGCAAGCGCAGUGUUGGCAAACGUUCGCACGCUUCUCUGCUUUAAUUUGGCUUCAACAACAGGAGCAGGAACUCGGAGUCCUGGUGAUUAAAAGGCUAAUUCAUAUAUGUUAGCUGCGCGCCUUGUGCUCAGGCAGGUAACUAACUAACUAAUAGAUUAGGGCUACCUCAUUGGAAAAGGAAAUGCAGUGCUGGAAAGUGUGCUUCUAGAACAAUUAAAGCUGUGACUGCGCUUGUGAAACGUGACUAGGAUCAUCUGGUUUGAGAGCUUUAAGUGCAUUUAAUUGUCUAGUAACGACAAUGCACGCAAUUAUAAAACAACAACAACAAUGACUUUACGCCCAUUUACAAAUUAAACGCAUAGUCAUACUUAUUAGUUAAGCGAUAAGGAAGUGAACAGCUAGCCAAAUACGAGACUUUUCGGUUCAACCUAAAAUUCCCAUAGAUCAGCUAGCCUUAUUUGCUUAUUUCGCUGACCUUAGACCAAUUGCAACUAAGUAUUAUUUGAACACAUACAUAUACAAAUGUACUGUGUAGAUGUUCGUGUUGAAACCAGUCGAAAGAGCGCAGUGUGAGAAAGUGCGAAGUAAACAAGUUGUUUCCACCAGACGCUGGGACGCAAGGCCGAGCUUGGCAACUGUCAACAAUGUAAACAAACUGUAAAUGGUCAAGCUAACAGUUCACGAUGACUCUGGCAAUUCCAGAACAAAUGAAAUGAAUUUGUCGCUUAGUUCUCUUAAGUGUUAAAUGUCAAUCGUUGGCAAUUUGCACGCGCGUCAUGAGACUCAAGUGCUAGCAAACAGUGGAAACGGCUUAGAACAGCGGUAAAUCGAUUAAAUUCAAGUUCAAGUGCAAGUGCUCGCAAAUGCAGGCAUGCCAAGAGAGCACGAAGAGAGCAAGCGAAGAGCGAGCAAAAUUCAAGGUGCUCUUCAGACACUCUUCCCACUCGAUUAUUAUUUAUUUAUUACAAAUAUCAAGCUUGGUAUCUUAUACUUAUAAAAUAAAAAUGGUCAUUCUCUUAUUUUCUUCGUAUGAAUAUUUAUUAUCUUAUCAUUUGAUUUGCUAAUCGAAUUUUGUUUUUUUAUAUUUCUAAAUACAAGUUAAGUGUGUUUUCAGCAGGUAGCUGGCAAAUUUGGAUUUAGUCCUUAUCUAUAUUAUGUAUUAAGUGGUUGGCAAUA